GUGCUAAAAAGUGGCGAUCUCUUUCAAAACAGGAACUGAAUCAGAUACUGAUGGAGACACCACCAGUUUGGAAAGGAUCAUCCAAACUUUUCCGUAACCUUAAUGAGAAAGGUGUGAUAUCAUACACAGAAUAUUUAUUCCUCUUAUGUAUUUUAACAAAGCCACAUGCAGGUUUUAGAAUUGCUUUCAACAUGUUUGAUACUGAUGGCAAUGAGAUGGUGGACAAAAAGGAGUUCUUAGUGCUCCAAGAAAUCUUCAGGAAAAAAAAUGAGAAGAGAGAAAGAAGAGGAGAUGAAGAAAAACGUGCAAUGCUGCGUCUUCAACUUUAUGGAUAUCAUACUUCUACUAACAGUGUUCUUAAAACAGAAGGAGAGGACCUUGUCCCCAGAAGCUACUGGGAUACUUUGAGACGUAGUACAAGCCAAGCACUCUUUUCAGACCUUGCGGAGCGUAUGGAUGAUAUUUCAAGUUCGCUGUCAGAUACUACACUGCUUAUACACUUUUUUGGCAAGAAAGGAAAAGCUGAACUGAACUUUGAAGAUUUUUAUAGAUUUAUGGAUAACCUACAAACUGAGGUUCUAGAGAUAGAAUUCCUUUCCUACUCUAAUGGGAUGAACACCAUCAGUGAGGAAGACUUUGCCCAUAUUCUUUUGAGGUAUACAAAUGUGGAAAAUACAUCAAGUUACCUGGAAAACAUGCGCUGCAGUAUUCCUGAAGAAAAGGGUAUCACAUUUGAUGAAUUUAGAUCAUUUUUCCAAUUCUUGAACAACCUAGAAGACUUUGCAAUUGCAAUGCAAAUGUAUAAUUUCGCAAGUCGUUCCAUAGGUCAAGAUGAAUUCAAACGUGCUGUGUAUGUAGCCACGGGUGUGAAGCUUUCACCACAUUUGGUGAACACAGUGUUCAAGAUUUUUGAUGUUGACAGAGAUGACCAGUUGAGUUACAAAGAAUUUAUCGGCAUUAUGAAAGACAGGCUCAAUCGAGGGUUUAGGGGCUACAAACCUAUACAGAGGUACACUACUUUCAAAUCCUGCGUGAGGAAGGAACUCUAUAGCAGAUAAAUCACGGAGACUCCAAAGUAUGGUUGGAGGGAAUAUUACUCUUGUGUGAUGACUGUAACCAGUGAACAUCUCAGAGGUCUAUGGAAGCAAUUUCGGAGACGAGAUAUGCUGAGAUAAAGGAAGGAAGAAGUAUUGUCUGCACUGGCUAGAACUAAUGAUUCCUAUGAAUUCUUAAUUAAGAACAAACUAACCCAGGUGAAUUGUGAAUCUUCCAGCUGCAGGAGAGAACACAGGACUUCGUUUCCACUUAGUGUAGUGAUCAUCAACUCUUAAAACUGCUUUUCGGUAUGUAUUUUAUUUAAAUGACAAACUGACUUUCACCUGAGUGGCACAAGUCCUUUUCUUGAGAACACCCUUUGAAUAUUAUGUUUAAUUAUUCUGAGACUGAUAAGUUUGUCAUUUAAAAGAAAACAAAACUAAGUUUUACAUCUGCGUAGGAAAAUAUUUUGGCAAUGAAGAUAAACUGCCUGCAUCAGCUUAGACUGGGAAUUUGUUUUCAGAACAGCACUAUUGAAAGUUUAUGCUAAACUGAAAAUUAGAAUACAUUAAGUAGCAUAACAAUUAUACACAAGUUGAAUGGACAAAUUAAACUCUUUGAAGCUGUUAUUUUAAAAAGAGUAAAGCUGUUAUGGUUAUAAUGUGAAUGAUAGGUAUUUACCUAGGAAAAGUACUGUAUGAACUACAAUGUUCAGAUUCUCCAGGUCUUAUUACUAUGUUUAUUAAUUUAUCCUUUUAAAAAAUAGAAAAGAUUUUAAGAUGUCUUACAAACAGUAUGUCGAAGAAAGGU